CAACGUUAGAAAAUGUGGCAUUGCGCGCGCAGAGUGACCGACAGUUGAAAAUCGAACAUUGUGUUCUGUGAUGUUAAGAAAAGAAAAUGUCUUCUGAAAGUGAAAUGCCUACAGAUUUCAAAACUUUCUGUGCUAUUUUAGCUGAUCUAUUAUCCCCUGACAAUAAUGUCAGAACAAAAGCAGAGGCACUCUAUGAUGAAAUAAAUGCUACUGAGAAACUUUUUCUGCUCUUAACUGCUGUAGCAAGUAAUGAGGUGGCUAUUGAGGAAGCAGAAUUAGCAGCCAUUCUGUUAAGAAGAUUAUUGUCAAAUGAAUUUACAGAAGCUUUUUGUAAUAUAACAGUUGAUACUACUAGGCAAAUAAAAAAUCAGCUACUUCAUCGAAUACAGCAAGAUGUCAAUCGUAAUUUGAGACGUAGAAUAUGUGAUGCUAUUGCAGAACUUGCAAGAAAAUGUGUUGAUGAAGCGGGUAAUAACCAUUGGCCUGAAUUUCUGAAGUUCCUAUUUGACUCAGCUUGUUCACAAGAUCCAGUAUUGCGAGAAAUGUCAUUGUUGAUGUUUUCGGCUGUACCAGGAAUAUUUGGGAACCAGCAGAGUAGAUAUAUUGAUGUCAUACAUCAAAUGCUUACACAGAGCUUAAGUGAUCAGUCGUCAGAAGAUGUCCGUUAUGCUGCUGUCAAAGCUACUACAUCGUUUAUAUUAACUCAUGAGAAGGAGGUUCUUGUUCAGAAACAGUUUGGAGAUUGUGUGAAUCUGCUUCUUGCAUUCCUUGAUCAUGCAUUGGAUGAUAUAAAUGCACGGCCGGAAGAUAUUUUGAGGUAUAUUAUCGACCUAGUUGAGACCUGCCCGCAGUAUUUUAGAGCACAGUUAGAUCUUGUAAUGCAAAUUUGUCUAAAGGGUUCAUGCAGUAUUUCAUGCUCUGAAUCUUGUCGUAUUCUCUGUCUUGAAGUUGUUGUGACACUAACAGAAACUGCACCUGGUAUGAUUAGGAAAUUAGGAAGUAAACAUUUACCAUCAUUGAUCAGUAUAAUAUUCAAGAUGAUGACUGACAUUGAGGAUGAUGACAAUUGGAGAGCUGCAGAAGAGGAAGAAGAUACUGAUAAUGACAGUAUGCCAAUUGUUGGUGAAUCUUGCUUGGAUCGCUUAGCAUGCUCAUUAGGUGGGAAAACUCUUCUGCCUUUAGUGUUGAACUCUUUGCCCCAUAUGCUAAAUUCAAAUUCUUGGAAAGAAAGAUAUGCAGGUAUGAUGAUCAUUUCUGCUAUUGGUGAAGGAUGCCAUACACAGAUGUCUGCUCUACUGCCUCAGAUUGUUGAUGGUCUUCUUCCAUUUCUUCUUGAUAUUAAUUAUAGAGUACGAUAUGCAACUUGCAAUGCGUUUGGUCAAAUGGCUUCAGAUUUUGCUCCAGUAUUCCAAAAAAAAUUCCAUGUAAAGGUUAUUCCUGCAUUGCUUCAAUCAAUUGCUGACAACACGUGCCCUCGAGUUCAAGCUCAUGCAGGUGCAGCUCUAGUUAACUUUUUUGAAGACUGUCCCAAGAAUAUACUAGUUUUGUAUAUGGAUAGUAUUUGUGGUAGAAUUGGAGUAAUUCUAAAAAAAAAGCUAGAUGAUUUAGUUGAAAAAGGCACAAAAUUAGUUCUAGAACAACUAGUAGUCACACUGGCAUCUCUGGCUGAUACUGUUGAAGAAAGAUUUACUAAUUAUUAUGAAAGGUUUAUGCCAUACUUAAAAUUUAUUAUCCAAAAUGCUAUCCAACCAGAUUUUCGUGUACUUAGAGGGAAAACUAUAGAAUGUGUUAGCCUAAUAGGACUAGCUGUUGGAAAAGAAAAGUUUCUUGCUGAUGCUAGUGAGGUAAUGGAUUUAUUAUUGAAGACACAGACUAAUACCACUCCAAUAGCUGAUGAUGAUCCUCAGGUUGGUACAAAUAAAUUAAAUAAAUCUGCAUUUAAAGAAUAA